GGCCUGCUGCUGCUUCAAAGCUGCCGAUCCCGAGCCUUUGACUGCUUCCGCCUCUUCUCUGUCUCUCUCGCCUCACUCUCCGGCAAUCUCUGAUCCGCAACGCAACUGCUCCCGCACCUGCUGCUGCUCGGCUAUCGCACAGCUGAAGCAAAAGAGGCUGACGUGAAAUGGCUGGAGGAGGAAUGAUCCACCAGCUUCUGCGGCGGAAGCUUCAAGGCCAGUCCUUUGCCUUGUCAUCUUUUCUCUCAAAGAAAGGGUACGACGGAGCUGGGUCUACUCAGACAAACUCUUUGAGAGCUCUUGCACUUCUUGGAGCUGGUGUUUCAGGGUUUUUAAGCUUUGGAACGAUUGUAUCUGCAGAUGAGGCUGAACAUGGUUUAGCGUGUCCAAACUACCCCUGGCCCCACCAAGGAAUUCUCAGUUCCUAUGACCAUGCAUCGAUUCGCCGUGGUCACCAAGUCUAUCAGCAAGUUUGUGCAUCUUGCCAUUCCAUGUCUCUCAUAUCAUACCGUGAUCUGGUGGGAGUAGCUUACACGGAAGAGGAGGUGAAGGCUAUGGCCGCUGAGAUUGAGGUGGUUGAUGGACCUAAUGAUGAGGGUGAGAUGUUCACUCGUCCUGGUAAACUCAGCGAUCGGUUUCCUCAACCAUAUUCAAAUGAGCAAGCUGCUAGGUUCGCUAAUGGAGGGGCCUAUCCUCCUGAUUUAAGUCUUAUCACUAAAGCUCGUCACAAUGGUCAGAAUUAUGUGUUUGCCCUUCUUACUGGUUAUCGUGAUCCUCCGGCUGGUGUCACGAUUCGAGAGGGAUUACAUUACAAUCCUUACUUCCCUGGUGGAGCAAUUGCUAUGCCAAAGAUGCUUAAUGACGGAGCUGUUGAGUAUGAGGAUGGGACACCAGCAACAGAAGCUCAGAUGGGGAAAGAUGUUGUGGCAUUUUUGUCCUGGGCAGCUGAACCUGAAAUGGAAGAGAGGAAGCUGAUGGGAUUCAAGUGGAUCUUUCUAUUGUCAUUGGCACUGCUCCAAGCCGCCUACUUCAGACGGUUGAGGUGGUCAGUCCUCAAGUCGCGCAAGUUGGUCGUUGAUGUUGUCAACUGAAAAGCUUCCCCUCUAUUCUGAAUUUGUAUCGGGGAUUGCCUCUUGCCCCGAAAACUUUGGAAAAUAAUUGUCCUGGCUUAUUCAGAUGAUUUUUCGUUUCCUGACUUUUUGUGAAAUUGAUUCGAUGAGCUACGCUUUUUGGUAAUGGAGCUACUUUACCCCCUCGACAGUCUUUUGUUUCUGAAGCUGAGAAAGAAAUAAGCAUUCUCAAAACAAGCAUCACUUGCUGCAAUGUAUUCUUGUAUGUCGGAUCCGAUUCUUAGUCGAUCUUAUUUUUCUAGUUCCAGAUUCUUUUGGGUUCACUCGCCUCCCUGUUUUUGUCUUGAACUUGGGAAGAAUUACAAGAUUCUGAGUUAAUGUCUCAUUAAAUUCA